AUGAAUCUAGGUGUGACGUCCAACGUGAUCGCUGAAAUCAUCGAUACGCACUACACUAUACGUCAAGUACCUUUGCUAUUCAUGGGAGAAUCGUAUCAAACUCAUCAGGAUCUGAUAAACCUUAUCAUUCGUAGCCUCAACCAGCGUAGAAUUAUUCAGCUAGAUUCGACCAUUUUCGAUUACUCUUCAUGGUCAUACGCUGUUUUUAUCUUUCAACACUACGAAAGUUUGAAGAACUUCAUCCCGCAGAUGGAAUCGACAAAAUUCGAUCUGUUCGGCUACUACACCUUCGUGAUCAAUACGGUCACCGAUUCGCAGAUCUUCGACACGUUCAACACUUUCUGGAAACUCAAAAUAAUACGUACAGUACUGGUCGUGGUCAACGACGAUCAUCCAGACCUGUACUUUUACACGCCGUACUCUAGAAGUAGCUGCGGUUCACCAACGAUUCAUCACACGCGAGAUCCUUCAACCGCCCAACUGUUCAUGCAACGUUUGAACAAUUUCUAUAACUGCUCACUACGGCUAGGGACUUUUCAGACGCCUCCUUUCGUCCGAAUCAAUUCUGCGGAACCUAACCGCUCAGCUACCGUCAGUGGAUUCGAAGGAGAUCUCGUCACUACGCUGUCCGGGCAGCUCAACUUCCAGCUCAACGUAGUCACUCCACCGGACAACGGCGAAUGGGGUGAAGCUCGACCGCAGAACAGUACCGGGUUGAUGGGCAUCCUCCAAGACGGGACCGCCGACUUCGGAAUAGGAUGCCUUGGCAUCAUCCCGCAGCGUAACGAAAUCUUGCAACCCGGAAGACCGCACUACACGUCCCGCAUUUUGUUUGCCGUUCCGGAGGGACGUCCCUUUACGGCAUUCGAAAAGCUGUUCCGGCCGUUCAAAGCCGUAGUUUGGUUCACGUCUGCUGCUAUAAUGAGUGCCUUCACUGUUUUAGUUCUAAUACUGAAGUUCACUUCAAAUACGGUAAGGGACUUCAUCUACGGAAACGACAAUCGAACAGCUUUCUUGAACUUCUUCAACGUGUACUUCACUGGAGUUCUGCCCAGGUUACCACAACGAAACUUUGCCCGUACUCUACUGAUCCUCUGGAUCAUCCACUGCUUCAUAGUCCGUAGUCUGUACCAGGGUUCACUGUUCAAGUACCUCCAAGCCGAGUCCAACCAGAAAGCGGUAGAAACCAUCAGCGAAAUCGAACACUCCAACCUGUACUACUACAUCUUCAAAAUGUCCGAGCGGUUCUUCCAGAAUAACCCUCGGGUUCUUCGACGGGUGCACCACCUAACACCAGGUAACGAUACCAUCAACGUUCAGAUGGACGCCUUGGCCACCGGUAAGCUGCGCGACGGAGUACUCCUGGUGACCCUAGAGCACCUAGCCUACCACAAUACGUACCACCUGGACCGGGGCUUCGUUCGGUGUACGCGGGACGCCGUCAGUUCCUAUCCCAUGGUGAUCUACUACUCGAAGCGAACCUUUCUGGUGCGGGUGCUGAACAGGGCGAUUGGCAACAUCGAGACGGCAGGGCUGAUGAACUACUGGAUCAGGCGGUACGGGAACUACCAUUUCUUCCCGAAGGCGCUGGACCUUGGAGAACCGCAGGCUCUCCGGAACGAGCACCUGGCGGGAUGCUAUGAGUGUGUUGGUGUUCUUCUGGCGAUCGGUUGCGGGAUUUUCGUUCUGGAGGUGGUGUCCAUCAAUAGGAGGAACUUAGACGGACAAGACAAGACUGUGUUCCUGUCACAGCAGAUGUAA